AUGAAUAACAACAGAAUAAGAAUUUAUCAUUCUGAAUUAAUUAACCAAAACUCAACAGAGCCUAGAAGUUUAUGUGAAUGUUUUCGAAAAAGAAAAUUAGCAUGGAUGAUAUUUUUAAUUAUUAUUAUUAUGAUUGUUUCAAUAAUAGUUAUUGUAAUAAUUAUCCAGAAAACAAAAAUGAAUCAAAAUGAUAAUAUAUCGACGGCCGAAGAACAAACGACAGUAUUGAUAACAGAAGAUUUAACAAUUGGAGUAACAACGACAGAAGAACAAUUACGUCCUCCUCGGAUUAUUGAUAGUAAUACUACAUGGGUAAAGGCUGGUACCACUAUUGCCGGAUUACUCCCAUCUGGACCUGGAGUACAGCAACUGGAUCGUCCUUAUGGUAUCUAUAUUGAUAAUACAGAUCAGAGUAUUUAUAUUGCUGACUAUGGAAAUCAUCGUAUUGUUAGAUGGAAAACUGGUGCCACGAGUGGUGUAAUCGUUGCAGGCAAUAAUGACUUCAGAAACCAAAUGGAGCAAUUACAUAAUCCAACAGAUGUGCUGCUUGAUAAAGACAAGAAUUUUCUGAUCAUCUGUGAUUCUGCCUACCAGCGAGUAGUUCGAUGGUCUCGUCGGGAUAAUCAAAUUCAAAAAACGCUGAUUUCUAAAAUUGGCUGUUUUUCUCUAGUAAUGGAUAAUAACGGAGAUCUUUAUGUUUCUGAUAUAAAAAACCAUGAAGUAAGAAGAUGGAAACAAGGAGAGGCGGACGGAAAAAUAGUAGCAGGUGGAAAGGGAAAAGGAAAACAAGCCGAUCAACUCAAUACUCCCUAUUCUAUUUUCGUCGAUCAAGACUAUUCAGUUUAUGUAGCAGAUUUUGUAAAUUCCCGUGUGAUGAAAUGGAUGAAAGAUGCGAAAAAUGGAACUAUUGUUGCUUGUGGACCCCAUCAAACUAAUAGUGAUAAUCAAGAGCACCGCCCUUGGGGCGUAGUUGUUGAUCAUCAAGGGAAUAUUUACGUGUCGGAUGUAGANACAAUUUGUUUCAUAUACAAAACAUAUCUCGUUUUUAUUUCAAUUGAUGACUUUAUUUACAAUUGCUUGAAAUAUUUGAGCAAAACCCUCGAACUUCUUCAUAUUUUUCUCUUCAAUAUUAAAAAAUCGUCCGAGAAUUUGAGUAAACAAACCACCAUACGAUUCGCAUAG